GAAAAAGUAGGGCUGUUUGACGUUGAUUUUUUUCUAACACUCUGAUCAAUUCUCUCGGCUCUUUGUUUAUCAUUCCUUCUUACCUUUUGACCUUAUCUGUUUUCAAUUGCAUUGCACAUAGAUUAUAGAUUGCACAAAACACUGUUAGGAUGGCUGCUGCAAGAGAGGUCAACAACAAUGUCACAAAAGAGACAGUUAAAACCGUCCCAGGUGAUGGCAAAUACGACAUCAUCUGCGUUGGUUUUGGCCCUGCUGCCCUAGCCAUCGCCAUUGCAUUGCGUGAGAACCGUCCCAUCUUGGGUAACAAGAAGGUACUCUUUCUUGAGAAGCAAUCCAAGUUUGGGUGGCACACAGGGAUGCUUCUUCCCGGGUCGAAGAUGCAAAUCUCUUUCAUGAAGGAUCUGGCAACCAUGCGAAAUCCACAAUCCCACUUUACGUUUACCAACUAUCUUCACCACAAGGGACGUCUGUCACAUUUCAUCAAUCUGUCCACCCAUACACCAUUUCGGGAAGAGUUCAACGAUUACAUGAAGUGGUGUGCGUCACACUUCAAUGAAUGGGUGCAGUACAACCAGGAGGUCCUGUCAGUUAAGGGCGUUGCACCUGGAACUCAGGCUAUUGGGGUUGAGCAAUUCGUGGUUGCUACUCGAGAUGUUCUAUCUGGUCAGAAGUGGAACCUUUCUGCAAAGCACGUCAUUGUCGCAACCGGCGGCGAAGUGGCCAUCCCGGACAGCGUUAAAACAUCUGUACGUCUCACCGGCGAGGCGCAAGUGAUCCAUUCCGCUCAAUACAUGAAUACCAUUGAUCGCAAGCUCCCCAACAAAGCAGCCUCAUACCGAGUCGCAGUUAUCGGAGGUGGCCAGAGUGCCGUGGAGAUCUGUGAAGAAGUGCAGGCGCGGUAUCCAAACGCAAGUGUCAGUCUGAUCUUCAGAGAUUCGGCUCUACGGCCAAGUGAUGACAGUCCUUUCGUGAACGAGAUCUUCGACCCCGAAAGCGUCGACGAAUUUUUCUCACUUGAUUCCCCUUCCCGGAAGCAGUUCUUGAUUAAAAAUAAAGCCACCAAUUAUAGUGUGGUCAGACUUCACCUGAUCGAGAGCCUAUACGAGAAACUCUACGCGCAGAAGCUCUUGAAGCCAAACCCACAAGACUGGUCUCUGUUUGUGGUUCCAAAUCGCGAAGUUUGCGGCAUAGAUGAAGUAGCGAGGGAGGAGGCCUCAUCUGAUCGCCCGGGGAAAGCCCUGUAUCUUCGACUGAAAGACAUGAAAACGGGCCAGAUUAGGAGAACAAACGAUAGCUAUGACUUGGUUGUCUUCGCAACGGGCUAUCAACGGAACCCGCUUAACGGCAUCCUAAAAGACCUCAAGCCUCUGGUCGAAUCCACUCCAGGUGAUUUGGUGCAGAGGAACUAUCGUUUGCGUUUUCAACCGGGAGCAGUCCGCCGUGACGCCGGUGUAUGGCUGCAAGGGUCUUGUGAAGGAACACAUGGAAUCAGUGAUUCCCUUCUCUCCAUACUUGCUGUGCGUUCCGGUGAGAUUAUUGACUCGAUAUUCGGAGUUGAGAAGCCUGUUGAGGUGCGAGCAAAACUGUAGAAUUUAGUGGCUUGGUUAUAUAUCAAAAAGCGAGCCCCUUUGUUGUAUAUCCAGUACCAGUGGGCAUUCUAUAAUUUUGAAGAAUCUA